AUGUCAGAUCUGGACUAUAAGUCUGCCUAUGAAUCUAACCUCAUCUGUGAUGGUCUGCAGCUGAAAGCAAUCAGAUCAGUUUUGGAUGACAAGCUUGUAUUUGCAAAAGUACACACCCUGUGGGAAUUGCUCUGUACAUACGCUGAGAUAUUGCACAUCAAAUUGCCUCUGAAGCCCAAUGAUCUGAAAACCCGGCCCUCAGCCUUCGAUAAUUUCAGCUAUUUUAUGAAAGUCUUCCAAGUGAAUGAAAGUCUCAUCAAGCCAGAGCAAGAGUUUUUCACUGCUUUAUUUGAGAAGAGCUGCGUGAAUGACUUUUAUAUUCAAGAUAGAGAUAUGUUCUUCAACCUAGCCACCGGAAGCCACGUUGUUUACUUCAUCCUUUCUCAGAUCAAGUAUCAGGUAAGGCACAACGUUAAAAAAUUCGGGGUUAACAGGCUUGUGAGCUCCGGGAUCUGCAAGGCAGCUCUCCCUCCCCAUGGUGUAAGUCAAAUGGCAAAGAUGAAAUAAAGCACCUCAUGUCUCCUCCUGUGUUAACAGGAAAGGGCUAAUCUUCUUGACCUUAUUUCUUCCUGGGUAAAAUGAAGAUAAUAUGUCAGGAGGCUACGAGCUCAUUUAGGG